ACUGUUUCGGAUACGAUUUUGAAACGGCGGGACAAUCUUGAGCCGCGAAAUUAAACAUCACCAACUUAAUCUAAUCCUUCAUCUAACCACAAUCAAAAUAUGUAAUUAAAUUUUAAAUAUAAUAAUCAUUAACUUAGAAAAUAAAUCACAGAGUAAAUUAAUUAAUUAAAAAACAAAAUAAUUAAAUAAAAAUACAAAUGAAUUAAAGUUUUCUAUGCGAAAAUGUCAACAAAAUAAACGCGGUUAUUGUGCGGUCGAUCGCGAUUGCCGAGCGUUUGUUUUUGUUGAAUUAUUUCAUUUUGUUCGCAAUGCCGCUGCGCAACUGGUUAUUGCCCGUGAAGCAAAAGUGAUUUGAUUAGAAGAUUAAAUAUUUAAUACGCCUGCAAACAUUAACACGCACGUUGUUCAAACGUAAAGUAAUCAUACACUUUCAAACUAAUAAUGCUGCAAAGCCAACAAUCAACAUGAACGCCACCGAAUUGUACUACUUCUCCGGUCUGGAGGUAAACAGCAGCCUGGAAGUGAACUGGACCAACGUUUCAAAUCCUGAAAGAGACGCAUGGGAGCACUGGAGUUCCCUGGUGCAGGACCGCGCGGUGGUUGUGUCACUUUUACUCGCAUUCUCAAUGGCGACCGUGUUCGGUAACAUGCUAGUGAUAAUGGCGGUAGUGCGCGAAAGAUACCUGCACACGGCGACGAACUAUUUCAUCACUUCGCUGGCAACAGCGGAUUGUUUGGUCGGACUUGUUGUGAUGCCCUUCAGCGCGCUGUAUGAAGUAUUAGAACACACGUGGUUCUUUGGACCGGAUUGGUGUGAUAUCUGGCGGUCGUUGGAUGUGCUUUUCAGCACCGCCUCGAUUCUGAAUCUUUGCGUAAUCAGCCUGGACCGAUACUGGGCUAUCACCGACCCCAUUACCUAUCCGAUGCGGAUGACGCGGAUACGCGCCGCGUGUCUCAUCGCCGCCGUCUGGGUGUGCUCCUCGGCGAUCUCGUUUCCGGCGAUUGCGUGGUGGCGCGCCGUGCGCACCGAACCGAUACCGGCAUACAAGUGCCCUUUUACGGAACACCUCGGUUAUCUGAUAUUCUCGUCGACCAUCUCGUUUUACCUGCCGCUGUUCGUGAUGGUCUUCACCUACUAUCGGAUUUAUCGUGCUGCUGUCGAACAGACGAAAUCACUCCGCUUAGGCACCAAGCAGGUGCUCCUGGGGGCUGGUAAUCUUGAGCUGACGCUGCGCAUUCAUCGCGGGGGUGCGUGCAACAACGAGUCGCGGUUGUACGCGCAGGAAGACGAGCCACUCACGGCGCUUGCGAACAAUGGAUUAGCACGAAUGGCAUCCACCCGCCUGGGUCCACACAACAAGGCUUUCUCGCUCAGCCGUAAGUUGGCCAAGUUUGCCAAGGAGAAAAAAGCGGCGAAGACACUGGGCAUCGUGAUGGGUGUUUUCAUUGUCUGCUGGUUGCCGUUCUUUGUCGUCAAUUUGCUGAGUGGUUUCUGCAUCGAAUGCAUCUGGCACGAGGAGAUUGUGUUGGCGAUCGUCACGUGGCUCGGCUGGAUCAACUCGAGCAUGAAUCCAGUUAUUUAUGCUUGCUGGAGUCGAGAUUUUCGAAGAGCUUUCCUGCGCAUCCUGUGCGUAUGCUGUCCGCGAUCCAUCCGCAGACGUUAUCAGCCGGCCUUCAGGACUAAAGCUAGUCAGCCUGCGGAGACAUGGUCUUAAGAGUAUCUCAUCGAGCCGUUAUUACUCGUCCUACAAUUUGCGGCACAACUCUUGCGAGCAGACAUACAUUUAGCAAACGGCCCCGCCUCGGCCUACUAACAUCGCGUCCAAUCUACCUUUCACCCGAUCGACGUCGCUUUUCUAUUUUUAAAUAUAAAAUAUGUAGUUUCAAACACCACCCACACACACACACACAUGCUUAAAACAUACGCCCCCGCAACUAAAAACUUCCAACCACACAUCAAAUGAUUAGGUGCGAAGGUAAUAAUUUUCGAAAAACUUGUUCCGACCAAUAAAAUCAAUAGAUUCAGAUUUGCGUCAGUGCUACGGUUAAAAUUUGAGUUCCGAGACAUAACCUCAAUACACAUCUAUACAUUUACACGCAAAAUCUCAAUAUGUCGACGCGUAACAGCUGCAGAAGGUAAAUUUCACCCUCCUCCGAUUGUGAUAUUCUUCUCUGGUUGUUUCUUGCAUUUAUUGUUUUGGUGAAUGUAACAAAAUGAGUUUUUCUGCCUGCACCAUCACUGCCCCCGUUUUUGACUGUGAGCACUUAACUGAAAUCUAAAGGCAUGUCGUGAUUUUAAAUGUGAAAUAAACGAACAACAAACACUCGACGAGUGGAGCGACUGAAGCGAUGCACGAAAUACGCAUCACUUCGAAUUCUAAAGGGCGCCGAGCGACGAUGCCGCGGUUGUAUAAAUUAUAGACUCGAAGCACUUUCAAUAAACCGGAAACGCACGGUUGCCCUCGAAUACCUAAUACACUUUCAAUGCGUAUCCUUUCGGAUGCGUUCACUGAAACACACCUUCGACAGCGGACCGCCUACGAAAACCGUCGCAAACUCAACCGGUAGAUAUUUACCUGAAUUCCGAAAGUUACGAUUUUAUACCUACAGUCUUCCAAUAUAGAUAAAUUGAUUGAAUUAAUCAAUAAACAAGAAAAUUAUAUUAUAUUAAAAUCAUUUGUAUGAUUAAAUUUAGUUUUUUUACGAAAAUAACCAAAAAUAAAUUUGGAGCAUUCAGUAUAGUGAAUAUAGCGCAGAAAUGUGUUUCCGCUUUGUAAAUCUUUCUUUAUUAGGGCCCAUUUAUUAGCAUCCGAGCGAAUAAAAGCCGCUUCGCAAGGUGUUUCCCAUAACACAACACCGCCAAAGUAUCUCCGUGCUACUGCAUGGUUUAAAUAAGGAGUAUAUAUAUAUUUAUUUCCUAUCUGGAUAAUCUCACAAUAUCAGCUCCAUUCUUCUGAUAAUGUGCGAAAUAUUUACAAACAGUGUUUGGUAUUAUUAUGUUAAGCUUUCACAACAAGUGAAAAGCUUGCCGCAUUAGUAUGUUUUUGAUAUUACCACAAAACAUUACAAUAUUCACCAUUUGGUAUUUUUGUUGUGAAUAAAACACCGAAAUGUUGAUUAUUAUUCAUAAAGAAUUCAUUAUUCUAUCUAUAAAUAAUAAAUAAAGCUUAUUAUAAUCCAUAAAUUGAAAAGUAUAGGUUAGGAGUGGAAAAUAAUUUUGUGGAUGAGGUUAUGUUCUUUGACAACAGAUUUAAUUUAAUUUUUAAAAUAUUUUCCGAUAAAAAUACGUUUUUUGUUCUCUCAGACAUCAAACGCAUAUAUUUUUCGAUUUGUGUCACCAUUGUUGUCAGCAUAGUUUUCCGCGAGUUGUGCCGAAAUUCGAAAGACGCUAUCAGGAAAAAGUCAUUCCAUUUACAGUUUCGCGCCGCUGUUUCAUGCGGCUAUCGUUAACUCCAGCUUACCGAAAAAGAAAUCACCAUUGUACCGUCGUCGCCCGAAAGGCACUUGCGAUCGCACAGGCAGGAGAGGCAGGACGCGCAGACAUUGAAAUCCUCGUUUUAUUACGCUGAUUGGAGCCGAGAACUGGAAGGAAAUGUAUAGAGCCUGUAUAAAAGCGGCAGAUAUGAGUUUCUUUUAUAGGUGCAUCCUGGCGCGAAUUCAACACGGGUGUGAACAAGUCCCGACGUAUUGAAAAUGAAGAAAAAAGUUAAUUUCAUUAAAAAUAUAUAGAAAACCAAUUACCUUGGACUUUUCUCAAUUUAAAAUUAAUAUUAAAUUCAGUAAAUGAAAUCCCUACACAUGAUAUUUACCCUCAAUCAAUAUCAUUAUGGGCACAUAAAGCGAAUUAAUUAUUCUACACUAAAUAUUUGAGUGUAGAUAUUAUUUUAACCCUCGCCCAAAGUAUCGCCAUGCAGUACCAUCGAUAGUUCUCAUGGGACUAGCAAAAACAAACAUUCCCUCUGGCAUUCGACGGCAAUCAACCACCAAAACCAACAGAAAUAAGCCAGGCAUGAUCGUCGUCCUGAUGACCCCCUUCUCUGUUUGCAAACCGAGCAACCCCAUAUGUGUGAUAUGAAUGUGUAUUUGUAAUCUUUGCCCCUCAAAUAUCGUUCUGUAUUUAUAUUUCCAUUUGAUGAAGUACGUGCGUGUUUUUCACAACACUUCGAUUGUUUCUCAAUACGCGCUUUGUUUUUGCAGUAUUUCAACUCGCAUCACCACGUGAUGGAACCCACUCCCAGUAAUACCAGUUAUUCUUCGGUGAGUGGUCAACAGCAUGAGUUAUACACGUUGUGACGACAUCGCCGCCGCUCUCCAAGCCGCCAGCCGCACAAGAGUACAUCACCGCAUGGCGAUUCAGCGGAGUCACCGACAGGAACCAGCGGAACCAGCGCGGGGGCCGUGCCCUGCCCGCCGUCCGCCAUCAAGAAGGCAGGCGAUAGCAAUAAGAAAACAACGCACAGGGUCAUUAUACGUUCAUGUUCGCCCACGCCGGGCACGAUAAGAAUGUCCUAAGAAUCUGAAUAUGUAUUUUCAAGACUGUCAGCCAUUUUUUUUGUUCCGGAACACAUGAAAAGAAACAAAGCGUGGCUAUAAUAAGUGUUUUACGAUGACAUUGCAAAUGUGGCGCUCAACCGUAGUCACCACAGACGCAUCAAUCACUAAAUGUUAUAUUAAAUCUCCGGAUACUCCAAUGUGAAAUAUGUAAAUAGCAUCCUGCAAUAUUCAUGUGCUUGUGUACUUAAACUCUACAAAACUAUAAAACUAGUGCCUUUAUGUAAAUAGAUUUUUCUUCGAGAUAGCGAACCAGAAACUUACUACGCCUUCAGACUUCUCUGAUAAAUGUUCCACUAUCCGAACUCGAUAGAAUUAAGAACAUAAAGUUGAGAUUAUUUUUUAAAAAUUAAUCAAAAUUAUUUACUUGUGUUUAACGCGAUAGAGAUUAUCCUUAAAAUAAAUUUCGCACAUGAUUCAGCUACAAAUUUAUACAUUUAUCUGUGAUAAUAUAAUAUUUAGUUGAAAACUGAAUAGAGAAUAACUUUUCCUAUUAUCCAAUAAAUACGUUAAAACUAAUUUAAUAUGAAUUCUCAUCUUAAGAUGUACAUAUAAUAUACACUUCAUUGAAUGUAUCUUUGUGUGUAUUUUUUAUAACUAUGUACCAAAGACAGAUCAAUCUAUUCUGAACGAUGUAUUGUCACUAACUGUAAGUGUAAGACCUAAGUGUACAUAUGAGUAUAACCCAAAUAUGAGAACGCAUAAGCACAUAAGUAAAUACUUUGGGGAAAGGUACGUUUAACCAAUUUAGCUAAUGAUAACUACGAUGUUUGAAUACUGUAUAAAUUAAUAUACAUACACAAAAGGGUAUUACACGUGUAAGAAUGAUUUUUAUAAACGUUACUCAAGUCGCAACAAUCCUUAUCGUUACUCAAUCAUCAUAUGAAUGCCAGAAUUACGCAUAAUACAAGCUGGAGUAUUAAAACUCUGCGUUUUUAAUUGCUGCCAGCUUGUAUUAUGCCUAUGACAUAGAUUAAGAGAGAAACUUGAAGAUGAUGCAAUCAAUUUAAAAUAUAUGUCAAGUAAACAAGAUACUUCAAAAGGUAUCAUUAAAUAGACAUCUUUUUAAUGUAACUCUUUACUGUGAAAUUUAUCAAUGUGUUAAAAACAAAACGUGGAAGAAAAUAAUAUACUAAUGAAAAUCA